AUGCCUCUUGGUUUAGAAGACAAACGUAUCACUCCGGGAGCUCUGACAGCCUCUACCUACUACAACCAUCACUUGUCACCAUGGCAUGGCCGAUUGAACCACCGGUGGUCAUGGAGUGCACGGACUAGAAAUAACAGGCAAUGGUUCAAGGUCAAUUUUGGUUAUAUAACACGAUUUAAAGGAAUAGCAACCCAAGGCCGGCAGGAUGCCAACCAAUGGGUGAAGACCUAUCUUGUGACGUAUAGUCGAGAUGGUGUGAGCUAUGUCCCCUACAGAGAAAACAGAAGGAUUAAGAUUUUUUCAGGCAACACUGACAGACAUUCUGUAGUAUAUCAUCACUUCUUGAAGACAUUCAGUGCUGCUUACGUGAAGAUCCAUCCAAGAACGUGGUAUAGUUGGAUUUCAAUGAGAGUUGAACUUUUUGGCUGUACAAGUGCUCUCUGCAACACUCCCUUAGGUUUACAAAAUGGCCGUCUACGAAACAGCAGAAUCACAGCAUCAUCAGAAUACAACGUCUACCACGCGUCCAGACUUGGGAGACUGGGACUACAUAAGAGGGGUAGAUAUGUUGGAGCCUGGUGCGCAAGGCACAACAACAAGAAUCAGUGGAUUAAGGUGGACUUUGGUCGGACAAUGAAAAUCACCAAGAUAGCCACUCAGGGAAGACAGGAUGCUGCCCAGUGGGUGACGUACUAUAGAGUAUCUUCCAGUUUAGAUGGUGUUCAUUGGCAGGUUUAUCGAUUCAAGAACAGCGAUAAGGUGAGAAAAUGUGAUCGUAGUGGGAAAGCCUGACCCAACUUGUUGGAAGGCUGGAUAAUUCGCUCACCAGUGGAUAAGUAUUAACAAAACAAACCACGCUAUCCGCUGGAUAGUGAUUUACACCGUGGUGGAUAGCGUUACCCAGCCUUCGAACAACCCGGACCUGUUCGUGUGAAGUAUCCUGCCAAACAUCCAUUUACAGUAGAAUCCCGAUUUUUCGAACCUCCAAGGAAAACGAAAACUGGUUUGAAAAAUCGGAUAAUUUGAGAAAUUGGG